AUCCAAUGUCCUCACAAACAUAACCAAGAAGAAAUAAUCUAAGUUGGAGACUUUUAGAGCAACAGGUUUCCUAGAGACACAGGAAGCUGGAAGGGGGGAAUGUGCUAUCAAUAGAUCCAGUAACAAAAUCAAACGUUGGAAAACAACCAGAAAUUAAUAUGAUGAACUAUAAUAAAUGGCGGCUGAGAACACUUUGGUCACCAUAGGAAAGUUUGUGUAAUCGGAAAAGCUUUGCGCCGUGCAGUUACUUAAAAUGCUUUUACUGGUCUCUGACAAGUCCCCUGCUGGGACCUGGCUCAGUAGCCUUUGGGUGGCGGGUGGCGUAAGGGGUUCCCGGCACGCCUUGCGCUGCUUUUGGCGGGAAAGCUGACCUCCACCGUGGGGUCAAAAAGCCAUCGUCGUGACCCGGCAGGCGACCGUUGAAGAAAUGCGCAUGCGCAGCAGAGGAGGCACGUGCUGAGGCGUACAGCUCUUGUGGUUGUCGGAGCCUGCCCCUCAGAGGCUACGUAAUAUUUGUGUUUUAUUUGGUUGAAUUAAAGAAAAUCAUUUUAUCAGAAGAAGAUGGCCACUGCACAGUUGCAGAGAACUUCCAUGAGUACGUUCAUAUUUCCCAAUAAAAUAUCAACUGACCAGCAGUCUUUGGUGUUAGUGAAGAGGCUCCUGGCAGUUUCAGUAUCCUGCAUCACAUAUUUGUGAAGAAUAUUUCCAGAAUGUGCUUAUGGAACAAGAUACCUAGAUGAUCUUUGUGUCAAAAUUCUGAGAGAAGAUAAAAAGUGUCCAGGAUCUACACAGUUAGUGAAGUGGAUGCUAGGAUGCUAUGAUGCUUUACAGAAAAAAUACCUAAGGAUGGUUGUUCUAGCUGUGUAUUCCAAUCCAGAAGACCCUCAGACAAUUUCAGAAUGUUACCAAUUUAAAUUCAAGUACACGAAUAAUGGACCAGUUAUGGAUUUCAUCAGUAAAAACCAGAGUAAUAAAUCUAGCAUGUCAUCUGCUGACACCAAGAAAGCAAGUAUUCUCCUCAUUCGCAAGAUUUAUAUCCUAAUGCAAAAUCUGGGACCUUUGCCUAAUGACGUCUGUUUGACCAUGAAACUUUUUUACUACGAUGAAGUUACUCCACCAGAUUACCAGCCUCCUGGUUUUAAGGAUGGUGAUUGCGAAGGGGUAAUAUUUGAAGGAGAACCUAUGUACUUAAAUGUGGGAGAAGUGCCAACACCUUUUCACACCUUCAAAGUAAAAGUGACCACUGAGAAAGAACGAAUGGAAAAUAUUGAUUCAACUAUACUGUCACCAAAACAAUUUAAAACACCACUUCAAAAAAUCCUGAUGGACAAAGAUGAUCUAGAAGAUGAACAGGAACAUUAUAUAAGUGAUGAUUUUGACAUUGAAACUAAAAUGGAAGAGCAGAAAAAAAAUCCUGAAUCUUCUGAACUUGGAGAACCAAGUUUAGUUUGUGAGGAAGAUGAAAUUAUGAAAUCUAAAGAAAGUGCAGAUCUUUCAGGUUCUCAUUCUCAGGUUGAACAGUUGGUCAGUAAAACAUCUGAACUUGAUGUGUCUGAAAGCAAAACAAGAAGUGGAAAAAUCUUUCAGAAUAAAACGGCGAAUGGAAAUCAACCAGUCAAGUGUUCUAAAGAUCAACCAGUCAAAUGUUCUAAAGAAAGUCGCAAGAGAGGUCAACCUGAAUCUGGGAAAACAAUCUUGCAUCACUUUGGAUCUUCUAGUCAGGAGUCUGCACCAAAAAGGAGAAAGUUUAGUGAACCAAAAGAACAUAUAUAAGAAUGAUUUUUUCUUCACAUUUGCAAAGUUCUCAACAUUAAACUGAAGGACACUAUAUUACCAUUUUAAGGUGUGUUUUCCCUAAUUCUGAAAGUUGAUAUUUAGUUUUAAGCAGUUCAUACACUAAAAUGAAAUUCUUAGCUGACUGUCAUAUUGUGGGGGAGCUCUGAUUAGCUUAUCUGAGAUUAAUCCAAGAGAGCUUUUGAAUAAAACCAGAAGUACAAAUGUCAUAAUUGAUUCUGUUAUCUACUCAGUAUUGAUCUAUCUUCCAUUUUGGCUGACUCUUUAAAUAUAUAUUAACUUUUAAGGCCCUCCAAAGCCAAUUUUUGAAACAUUUAUUUUGUUAUUAAACUUGGUAGGAAUUCCCUUUUUACUUAUGUUAAAACUUUACCAUUUAAGUGGCUGUUUAUUAAUGUAUUAUUAAAACAAUGUUCUGUAAUCUUUAGAUUCAGUGUAUUAACAUGAUGGUAUAUAAUGUACAAUUUA